GGAAAGGCGGCCGGCCUAUAUAAGCGGCCUGCGGGGCGUAACCCCGUGGUGAGGAUAGCUCUGGGGGUGUUCAGGGGAAGGUUACUUUGGGCGGCGGGCUACGCUUGAUAAGGCGAUACCUCGCGGACGAUGGCCGAGGGAGAUAAUCGCAGCACCAACCAGCUGGCUGCAGAGACUGCAAGUCUGGAAGAGCAGCUGCAAGGAUGGGGAGAAGUGAUGCUGAUGGCGGAUAAAGUCCUCCGAUGGGAAAGAGCCUGGUUUCCACCUGCCAUCGUUGGUGUGGUUUCUUUGGUGUUUCUGACUGUCUACUAUCUAGAUCCGUCUGUUCUGUCCGGUGUUUCCUGUUUUGUUAUGUUUUUGUGCUUGGCUGACUACCUUGUUCCCAUUCUAGCGCCUAGAAUUUUUGGCUCCAAUAAAUGGACAACUGAGCAACAACAGAGAUUCCAUGAAAUCUGUAGCAACCUAGUGAAAACCCGACGCAGGGCUGUGGGCUGGUGGAAACGCCUCUUCACACUAAAGGAAGAAAAGCCUAAAAUGUACUUCAUGACCAUGAUCAUUUGUCUUGCUGCGGUCGCUUGGGUGGGACAGCAAGUCCACAACCUUCUUCUCACCUACCUGAUAGUGAGUUUCUUACUGCUGCUUCCUGGACUCAACCAACAUGGAAUCAUUUUGAAGUACAUUGGAAUGGCCAAAAGGGAGAUAAAUAAGCUUCUCAAGCAAAAAGAAAAGAAAAAUGAAUAGUGCAUCUGUUCUAUUCAAUGUGAUUGAUGGCGUAUACAUUGUCCUUGGGAACAGUUUCUAUUAUGCUAUCUGGAACUAAAAUGUUACAGAAGUAGCUCUUUGCUCUCCAUCAUUCUGCCCUUAGGUAAUAGAAAUUCAGACUUGCUGAGUAAGGUUUUCUGCAUAGUGUCUUUGUGUCAAGUGUAGAUGGGUGCAUGCUCAUCCAUUCUCCUUAUGUGGACGACUCACUGGAGAGUAUGACUUGUUUUUUCUCACCCAGAGUUAAUUGACUUCUCUUAUGCAACUUCCUUUAAAAUAAUAUUGUGGUGAACUUCACACUUUAGUACAGUUAACAGUGACUUUGGGUAGUUGGAGUUGAUCUUCACUUUAGCUAGAUACAGGGUAGUGAUCUGUGGCUCCAGGAAGCUGGUUCUACUGUCUGCUUCCACAGUCUGCUUAAAGAACCGUCUGGCUUUAUGAAUAUGGAGUCCAAGUUUACCCCUUCUGAUGAAGGAACCAGUUAAGAUUCUUUCCUCAUUCUGUUUCUAUACCAUGGGAGAAGGUCCUUAAGGACAAAUGAAACUAAUUCCAUGCUCUACUAUAUGUUUCUGUCUUGUGCAAAACUUAGCAGUUCAUAGGAAACCUUGAUCUUUCCUCUGAAAUGGGGAAUCUGACAGGUUUAAAAUUCUUGUCCCCUUGCACUGAGACUUCAAUUAGUAGAUUCUUAAAGGUUCUUUUUAAUAGACUUUCAAAAGGUUGUAUUAGAUUUUCAGCAUGCUUUUACUUUUCAGCUGUGUGAAACUAAAAUAUGUGAAAGGUUAAGACUCACGUCUCUGACCUUCACUCCCAAGAGUAUCCACUGAAGGACAAAAGUCUUUCUAUGUUAAGAUUCAUUUCAGUAGAAAAUAAUCUCACCCUACUAAGUUUUCAAGAACAGAAUAAGCUUUUAAAGGUAAGUCUCGAAUUCUUAUUUUAUGGUAAUGGUGGGCGUGCUGCUCUGCCCCAUAGAUCUGGCACAGGAGGCAGUGACUUUGACUGGUAUCUGACUCUUUUCCUAGAUAUUUCUCUGAAGAAUGCAAGGGCUGGGCUGUGGGUGGGAGCAGACUCAUGGUGAUGACAGGUGGCCUCUGGUCUAUAGAGAUUUUGUAACUCUUUGGAAAGUCUUAAAAUCAUUCUUCCUCUCAGUAACUAGACAUGUAUAGUGGUUGAAAUCUGUAGGAGUGAACCUCUGAGGUCUGAAAAUGUGACACUUAGUUGGGAACAAUUCUUAAGCUCCAAUUGACUAGCUGUAAUAUAGUUUUGUGAAUUUAUUGCACUGAUGCUGUAAAACCUGGACCUUGUGGUAUAUCUGUCCCUAAAUAAGUGGUGUUCUCUCCCCUUCAAUAUUGCUAUAAACAGUGGCACCCAUGUAGCAUAUGUUUGAUAUUUUUCUUUUUUAAUGUUUCAUUUGAUAACUACAAACUACUUUCAUUUACAUGUGUUUCCUUAUUGUAAAUAAGCCUGUCUUCCUGUCUGGGUUUUUUUGUGUAUAUGUGUUCUACCAAUGAAUACUUUUGUGGUUUCAAUACUGUAUAAUUUCUUCUACUUUGUUUUGUGUGAAAGGGGAAAAAUUAAAAAAGCUGGAAUCCCU